CUUAAAGAAUUCCAAAAAUAAAGUAGGAGUUUACAAAAGAGGUUUUAUAGCCUCACGGACAUUGCAAAAUGCACACGAAAGUGAGAAAAAACCAAAGCCUUUAGAAGGAAUACGCGUUCUUGAGUUAGGACAGUUAGUAGCAGGCCCUUUCUGUGGAAAAAUUCUUGGAUAUUAUGGGGCAGAAGUGAUUAAGGUCGAACCACCAAAAUUGGGAGAUCCGCUAAGAGUAUGGAGACAUUUAGACACCGAUGGAACUAGUCCCUGGUAUCGUUCAUUGGCAAGGAAUAAAAAAUCCUGUGAGAUUGAUUUAAAAACCGUUGAAGGCAGAAAACUUGUUAGUCAAUUGGCUGACAAGUCGGAUGUGUUGAUUGAAAAUUUUCGUCCUGGUACUAUGGAGAAAUGGGGGCUUGGACCUGAUGAGCUUUACAAAACAAAUCCUUCGUUGGUAUAUGUACGUAUUUCUGGUUAUGGACAAACAGGCCCAUACGCUAAAAAGCCUGGUUACGCGUCAGUUUGUGAGGCUAUGGCAGGAUUCCGUUAUAUCAAUGGGUUUCCUAAUCAGGCACCAGUUCGACCAAAUAUAUCCUUGGGUGAUUCUGUUGCUGGAUUAACAGCUGCACUCGGUGCAGUUAUGAGUCUUUUAGCUAGGAAUAAAUUAUCUUCAAAUGCUAAUUUAAAAACUGGACAGGUUGUAGAUGUAGCUAUUUAUGAGAGUAUGUUUAAUAUGAUGGAAGGAAUUUUGCCAGAAUUUGAUCGGUUUGGUGAGGUAAGGCAACCAUCAGGUACAACUGUUACAGGUAUUGUACCAACAAAUGCAUACAUAUGUUCAGAUCAAAAAUAUGUAAUCAUUGGGGGUAAUGGAGAUUCUAUAUACAAAAGACUUAUGCGUACAGCAGGUAGAGAAGAUCUUGCAACAGAAGAAUAUGAAACAAAUAAAGAAAGAGUGAAGCAUCAGAAAUUAAUUGAUGAAGCAAUUAGUGAUUGGACAAAAACUCUUACGUCGAAACAAGUGUUGGAAAAAUUAGAAAAA